AUGCUGCGGGCGCCGGCUCUGGCGAUGCGCUUCGCCCUGCUCUUGCCGCUGCUCGUCGGCUCCGGCUGGCAGGCUCGAGGCAAGGCGCAGCCGGGGGAGCCUCCCAGCCCGCAGGAGGUGGUGAUCAAAGUCCAGGUGUAUGAGAAUGGCGACUUGUCCCCACUUCCUCAGGCUUCCGUGGAAGUGUAUGGGAACCAGACCUCGCUGGCUUCAGGUGCAACAGACCAAGAGGGAGUCAGCAUGCUGCCCAUCAGCUAUCGUCUGGGAACCUGGGUCCUCGUCACAGCCUCCAAGCGUGGCUUCGUCACAAACUCUGUUCCUUGGCGCGUCAGCAAGUUGCCACUCUAUGCCUCUGUCAGCCUCUACCUGCUUCCAGAGCGGCCUGCAACACUCAUCCUGUAUGACGAUGUGGUGCAAAUCCUUCUCAGCUCUCCAGGAGCGAAGAACCAGCCAUGGGCGCAGUUUCCACGCAAAUCUGCCCGCUUGCCCCGCAACUCGACAUACAGCCAGCUCUCAGCCUCUCUGACUGCUGCCAGCAGCGGGCCAGACAUGAGGGGUUUCCCGUCCUUUAUUGGGAUGGAAAGCAACGGCAGUGCCAACAAUCCCUGGCUAGAGCUGGUGCCCAUUGUUGCUGUCAGUGUCCACCUCUUCACUGGCAAUGGAACAGAAGUCCAGCUGUCAGGCCCUGUCCAGCUAUCUAUUCCACUCCCGCCUGAUUCAGGUGCUGCAGCAGUCCCCAGUGUGCCAGCCUGGCGCUUUGACCUCAAGAGUGGUUUGUGGGUUCGAAAUGGGACUGGUCUCAUUCGCAAGGAAGGGAACCAGCCUUACUGGACAUUCUCUUCUCCACAACUGGGCUACUGGGCAGCUGCUACGCUGUCCCCAUCAGCAGGGCUGGCCAGUGGAGCAGCAGGCAUGAAGGACCUUGUCACUUACCACACUCUCAUUCUGCUGACUAUCCUUGGUGCCCUGGCAUUGCUGGUCCUCAUUCUUCUCUGCCUCCUUAUUUACUAUUGCAGGAGACUGUGUCUGAAGCCACGGCAGCAGCAUCGGAAGCUUCAACUCUCUGGUGCGCUGGACGCCUCCAAGAAAGACCAGGCCACAUCUAUGUCCCAGAUCAACCUCAUCUGCACGAGCCACAUGGAGACAGCCUCGUCCAAUGGGGACAUGGACGUUCACACACCUGUCCUCAAGUCAGCUUUCUCCUCCUCACGUGAAUUUGAGAGCUCUCGCGAGGAGUUCUUCAAGCAAGUAUCUAGCCAGAAGACGCGCCAUGCCAGCAAGGCCUCCACAGCAGACACACUGAGCCAGCGGGGGACCUCCAAGGAUGAUUAUCCUCGAGUGACGGAGGGAUACUCACUCAAAGCAGCACGCUCUAUGGAUGUCCCUGGCCCACUUGAGCCCCCACUUCUGGAGGACUACAAGCGCAGCUAUUCACACCAGCGCAUGGAAGACAAAUGCACCGAGACACAGCGCAAGCAAGGGCGCAGUGACGGCAAGGCCUAUGUCCAGGAGCCCCCCUCGCCACCCCCUCUUCCACCACCCUUUGACCACUAUGUGGGCCACAAAGGGGAUACCAAGCCCCCUGACUACAUGCUGUCCCAGUCUGUAGACCACCUUGCUCGCCCCACCUCCCUGAGCCAGCCUGGGCAAUUAAUUUUCUGCGGUUCCAUCGACCACAUGAAGGACACCAUGUAUCGUAACGUCAUGCCAACCCUCGUCAUUCCUGCCCACUACAUGCGCUUGGCGCCAUCAGAGCAGCCUCCAGGGAGCUCCGAAAACCAGCCAGACAUGGACCCAGCUAGCCUGGGGCUGCCUCACCAGUUUGGGCCUCAGGAGCAGCAGCGGCAACAGCUCCUGCAACAGCAACUGCAGCACCCACAGUUCCAGCUGCAGCAGCACUCAUCGGAAGAGGUGGAGGGUAAGGGUUGGGGCCCCCACACCCAGUCCGUCAGCGGCUCUGUCACCAUCCCAGUAUUGCUGAACGAGUCCACCAUGGCCCAGCUGAACGGGGAACUGCAGGCACUGACUGAGAAGAAGCUGCUGGAGCUGGGGGUGAAGCCACACCCACGAGCAUGGUUCGUGUCCUUGGACGGGCGUUCCUCACAGGUCCGCCAUUCGUACAUUGACCUCCAGGGCAACGAGAGGAGCCGGAGCAAUGAUGCAAGCCUUGACUCAGGCGUGGAUGUCAACGAAGCCAAGCCGCCUAAGCGCCUCAAGGAGGAGCGCAUGGCAUCUGCAAUGGCCCCUGCCUACUCCAAACUGGUCUUUGCCGAUGCUGACACAGAGCAAAGCAGCAGCGAGAGCCGCACUGCCAUCUGCUCUCCCGAGGACAACUCGCUGACCCCUCUGCUGGAUGAGAACACCGACCACCGUGCUGCUACCAUUCCCCGACGUGGGCGCAGUCGCGGCAACAGCUCUCGCAGCAGUAACAGUAAUAGUGAGCUGCGGCGUGACUCCAUGACCAGCCCCGAAGACGACAGCAACGAGCCCUCCGAAGGGACGGAUGACCAGGGUGACAAGAAGAGCCCUUGGCAGAAGCGUGAGGAGCGGCCCCUUAUGGUCUUCAAUGUGAAAUAGCCAGCAGGCAAACAGGGUUCACCUUCAUUGUGUGGUGAGGGGGUGGGGGGAGUUAGAGGUUGUGGGGCUUGUGGAGGACAGAGUUCACUUAUGAGUCCGGCGUGCCUCCUCUUUCCUUCAUCUGGUCAAGGCUUGGCAGAGCAAAAACCAGGACAUCUGACAGCAGAGAAAAACAGACAAAACAAGAAAACAGGAUGGAGAAUGUGGCCCAGCCAUUCACUGUUGUCCCAGCAUGCCGUGCGCUUGCUCACUACACUUGUCAUGCCUAAAGCAGGUUAAGAAGCACCGUGCCAGCUGCCUAAAAGUUUGACCAUUUCCCCUUUUCUCACUGACACCAGCCAGUCUGAGCCAGGCAAUGUGGGGCACAGGGAUUGCCAAGAGUGUGACUCUAGCCCAUGGCCAGGAGGAGGACACAGAUUAGCCUAUGUGGUUGCAGAUCCACUUCCCAGAAUCCCUUGCUCCCCACCAAGCUUGGCAUGGCCAGAACUAUGGCUUCUUGCCCUGGCACUCUGGGAAGUGAAAUUGAAGGCAUUACUGGGACUUCUCAUCUCCUGUACCCUUGUGGGGGUUUGUACAGUUCCUUUUUAAAAAUUCAGUUCUGUGGAUUUUCCAAGCUGUGGCACAGUUUGGGGUGGGGGGUGGGGAAGGGUCAAGUGCCCAAGGGCUGUAGGCUGAUACCUUUUUUUUGCCUGUCGUGCCUCAAUGCCCCAACAACCUAGGUGACAGCAUAGAUCCCAGGCAAGUAUGGUGGGUUUGGGGUAGGGGUGGGGGCACUGGUGUGACUAUUUGUACAUAGGUGUGUGCAUGCAUGUGUGUGUUGGGGGCGGGGCUGGGAGUCUGAGCCAUGGGUGUGUAUGUGUGGGUAGGAUGUGUCAGUUGUGUCUGACCUCACUGCCAAACCAGCUCCGUUGUGGAGUCACCUCUGUGCUCUGCCCCCCCUUUUUUCCCUCGUGCCUGCAACUCCUCCGUCUCCUCCAAGUGCCUUCCUGUCCCAACAUGGCCCUGCUGCCCCUCCCUGGCAGCUGUGAAUGCAACUUGGGUGUCCGUGGAGGGGUACAGACGUACCAUCUGCUCAGAAUUGCUAUAGCUGGGGUGGGGGGAAUACAGAAGAAAAAUCCUCCUUGCUCUCUAAUCCCUUUCCUGUGGUGGGGGUGGAAUGGGGGUGUGCCAGAGGAAAAGUCGGUCAGCAUUGCAUCCCAGCUCCCCCCCCCCGAUAAGCCAUCGGCAGACAGUGUCUGAGGAGAUGCUCUUAAGCCAGCUGUGGUGGCAGCCCUCCCAGACAAAGAGUGCUCAGUGUGUGGGGGGAGGGGAUUAAACCAUUCCUGGAGGGGGGUGUUGACCUAUAGACGCUAGGAGUGGAGAAGUGCCCCCUAGAGAGUCCCAAAUAGAUUUAAGGAAGGCAUUUUUGGAGGUGUCUUGGGCCAUUCCAUUGGGGGCCCUACCUGCGGGUUUUGUUUGGGGGUGCAGAAGAGGAAUCACUGGCCCUCCCCACACAGUGUGGCUCAGGCCUACCAUGAACAUGGGAGGAGACCGAGACCUGGCUGUCAACUGCAAAGAUUAAUGUAAAUGUCUCUAGAUUUUUUUUUUAACAGAUGGUAGAACUUCUGUAGAAAACCACUGAAUUGAACCCAAACAUUUUUAGCCCGGGGAGGAGGAGUUUGACUAGGUCAGAAAGUUUUAUGACGCAGGGGUAAUUCCCCCCCCACACACACCUUAUCCCUGAGCCACUGAAAACUACAUAAACCAUCUCAAGGAACGCCCCGCCCCCCCAAUCAGGCCUCGCAUGCUCCAGUUUAGAAGCCCUGGCCUCUGUUGCACUUGAGAGGGCCUUUUUAUGAUUAUUGCAGUCAAAGCACUUUUGAAUUCUGUGUGGACAGAAAAGUGUGCAUUUUUGCAGGUCUCACCCACAUUGGUGCCAUUGUUCCCAUUUCUUGCUGCCUUCCGUACUUUAUAGGCUUGUGGCAUCCCCUGCCCUCCUUGAAUUAACAGCUUUAGAGAGGACUGUAUAAUUCCCUGCUACUUGAUGUGAUUGGUGGCAAGAUCAACAUGUUCCAAGAGUGGGGAUCAAUGGGGCACCAAGAGUCCCAUGAAGCAGCCUGACAUUUCCAGCAUGGAAGUCUGCAUAGAAAACUGGAAAAAUCCCAUGUGUCAGGUGUCCACACUUGUGAUGAACUGUGUUACUCUCUUUCACAACAUGUGCAUGCAGAGACUUCCGUAUGGGAAGCUGUUCCCCAGCUAGGCUGUGUGUGUUGGUGGGCAGUGAACAUGCCCCGUAUGCUUGGGACCAGCUCAGCACAGCAGGAGCUGGUGAUGGUCCAUACAGGCCUGAUGCAUACAGAAGGGAGUCCACUGAGCCAUAAUGAACGGUCUGCAGUGUGAAUUUUUACUAACCUUAAUCAUCCCAUGGUCACUCCGAAGUAUUUCAGAUUUGCAUACAUCAUGCCCAAUGUGUUGCAUGCCUAAAGAUCAUGUAGCAUAUGUUUUCAGGGGCGUAUUGGGAAUGGGGAGGUGGUAGGUCCAUUUCACCACCACUGCAGAAAGACACACCACUUUCACUGUGUGCAGGGCCAAGGGCCCAAAUUCAGGUCACUUUGAGUCACUGAUCUAUACUAGAGAACCUGUUCCCAAAGCAGUUUGAAUUUACCACUGUUGCAAUGUGAAGUAUCUAAGGAUGAGGCAUGCCUGCUAAAAAGCAGCUUUAUGUGAAAGUGGCAGUGCAGUCUUGGUGCUGGAAGGAAGGCAGUGGGAGGGCAUCUGGUGUCCUGGCCUCACUGACAGUCCUUUAGAUGGCACUGGAUUUCUAGCCACUGUGUGUGACAGAAUGUUGGACUGGAUGGGCCACUGGCCUGAUCCAACAUGGCUUUGCUUAUGUUCUUAUGUUCUUAGUGCUCUGGUCAGGCCCAGGGAGGCAGUGGCAGAACCACACACAAGCAGGACUCCAAAACAGGGAUACCUCUCCACCUCCAGUUCUCAGCGCAGAUUUCUACUCUUUUUUUAUAGUCAAGAGAACCUCAUGCAUACAACAGGGCAGGGUGUUCGUGGGGGUGGGGUCGGGAUAGUCUCUGUGAUACUGUUACACCAUUCUUUCUGCAAGGACCCCAAACCGUCUGUGAAAUCAACAUCGGGCGUUUUUUUUUUUAAAAAAAAAAUUAAAAUUGGGGGAAGGUUGGCAAAACUGGAGACUUGGCGUUUACAGUUUUUGAAGCCUCAUACCUGUUCUUUAGAAUGGUCUUAAUAUAUAAAAAACUCUGACUUUA